GCGGAGCAAGAUGGCGGCUGUACGGCCGAGGACGAGGUGUAGUAGCCGCUCGGCAUGAACAUUUUAUUUUUGAAAUAAAUUGAUUAAAAUCAAACGGAAAUAUUUGAACGUCGGACUACAAGGGGCGUGCACUACGUCACACGAUUACAAUAAUCGAUUUUUUUCUUCUAUUGUGUUAAGAUUUUUUUUCUGACAAAAUGAUCACAUUGUAGUAGCUAGCUCACUAAACUAGCAAGCAUAGCCAGCCUACCACCGUAGCAAACGCAGGAGAAAGUGUAGAAUGGGAGAAAAGCUAGAACUCAAGCUGAAGUCGCCGGUUGGAGCCGAAGCUGCUGGCUAUCCGUGGCCGUUACCAGUAUACGACAAACACCAUGAUGCUGCUCAUGAAAUCAUUGAGACCAUUCGGUGGGUGUGUGAGGAGAUCCCGGACCUUAAGCUGGCCAUGGAGAACUAUGUCCUCAUCGACUACGACACCAAAAGCUUUGAGAGUAUGCAGAGACUUUGUGACAAAUACAACAGAGCCAUCGACAGCAUCCACCAGCUGUGGAAAGGCACAACUCCGCCCCUGAAGUUAAACAAGCGGCCGUCCAAUGGGCUGCUCAGACACAUCCUGCAGCAGGUGUACAACCACUCGGUCACGGACCCCGAGAAGCUCAACAACUAUGAGCCCUUCUCCCCCGAGGUGUACGGCGAGACCUCCUUCGACCUGGUGGCCCAGAUCAUCAACGAGAUGGAGAUGAUGGAGGAUGACACCUUUGUAGACCUCGGCAGCGGGGUGGGACAAGUGGUGCUGCAGGUUGCCGCAGCAACGAACUGUAAACACUACUUUGGGGUGGAGAAGGCAGACAUUCCAGCCACUUAUGCUGAGUCUAUGGAUAAAGAAUUUAAGAGGUGGAUGAAGUGGUAUGGGAAGAAACACGGGGACUACACGCUGGAGAGGGGGGAUUUCCUGUCUGAAGUGUGGAAGGACAGGAUCGCCAACACAAGCAGUGUUAUUUUUGUGAACAACUUUGCCUUUGGUCCAGAAGUGGAUCACCAGCUGAAGGAGCGCUUUGCUAACAUGAAGGAAGGUGCGAAAAUUGUAUCAUCAAAACCUUUUGCACCUCUAAAUUUUAGAAUCAACAGUCGAAACUUGAGUGACAUUGGCACAAUAAUGAGAGUCGUUGAGCUGUCUCCGUUGAGGGGUUCAGUGUCCUGGACAGGGAAGCCAGUUUCCUACUACCUGCAUACAAUAGACCGCACCAUACUUGAAAACUAUUUUCAUAGUCUCAAAAAUCCUAAACUCAGGGAGGAGCAAGAAGCAGCUAGGCGUCGACAAGAAAAGAAUAGUAAAGACAGUAAAAACACCACCCCAACCAAGGCAAAGGAGCACAAGGAUUCCUGCGGGGAGGAUGAGCAACCGGGGCUAUUGGCAGUCGUGAAGGCGUCACCCAAACCCCGCCGCGCCAAACUCCUCAGCAAAGGCCGCAAGCUGAGCGCCCGGAAGCGCGGGCGUCCCAAGAAGGCUGCGGUGACCGCAGCCGAACGCAAGAGCAAGAAGAGCCAGAGUGCCCUGGAGCUGCUGCAUGCCAAGACCAUCUCUGCAGCACCCCCCCAGGAUGCAUACAGGUCACCUCAAAGUCCCUUCUACCAGCUACCUCCCAAAGUUCAGCACUAUGCGUCUGGGCAACUGCUGCUGGGCCCCACUCCCCCUGGUCUACAACAGCUUCUAGACAACAUUAAAGUCCAGUACCUCCAGUUCAUGACCUACAUGAAGACACCUCAGUACCGCAUUCACCUGCAGCAAGUCCUGGAGCAGGAGAAGCUAAAACACAGAGAGCUCUCUGGGCAGGCGGAGCAGCUGCAGACUGUGUGUCAGACCCACAAAGAGAAGAUCAAAGGCCUCUUCCACACCAAACUGGAUGAGCUGGGAGUGAAGGCCCUAACUGUGGAGGACCUGCUGCAGGCCCAGAAGGAGAUCUCAGCCCACAACCAUCAGCUGAAGGAGCAGACCAAGCAGCUGGAGAGAGACAUGAUCGAGCUGAGGGACCACAGCCUGCUCCUGUUGAAGUCUCGGUGUGAAGAGCUAAAGCUGGACUGGAGCUCUCUGUGUCUUGAGAGCCUGCUGAAGGAGAAGCAGGCCCUACGCAGACAGAUCUCCGAAAAACAGCGGCACUGUCUCGAGCUACAGAUCAGCAUCGUGGAGCUGGAGAAGAGUCAGAGGCAACAGGAGCUGCUCCAGCUCAAGUCCUACAGUCCCUGUGAGGGUUCCCCCUACCGCAAGGGCCUCCCUCGCCCUACCCUGGACCACGACACCCCCAAACUGAGCCUGGUCGUGGCCGGCCUCAGCCCCGAGCUGUCCAUCAACGGCACCGCCUCGCCCUGCUUCGACAGGAGGGGCACCAAGGGAGAGCUCCUCUCCCGCUACCUGCCCAUCUUGCCUGACCACGAGAUCGUGCCCCCCACCCCGGACGCCCGGCACAGGCAGCUGGGUCACCCCCUCCCUGACUACACCCGCUUCUCCCCAGCCAAGAUCGCCCUGCGCAGACACCUGAACCAGGACUCUAGUACUGCACACUUCAGAGGCUUGGGCUUCACUGGUCUCAGGGGGGAUAUGGGCGCCAUCACCUCUCCACUAGAUGCUAAACUGAGCUGCCUGUCUCCCAACUCAUCAGACAGUCAGCAGAACAACACACCCAGGAGUGCUGAGAGGGGGGGUAAGGAGAAGAGUCCAGCAGGGGGUCAGGGUGACGCCAUCACCAGCCUGCCCAUCAGUAUCCCCCUCAGCACAGUGCACCCCAGCAAACUCCCCGUUAGCAUCCCCCUGGCCAGUGUGGUGCUGCCCAGCCGAGCAGAGAGACUGAGGAGCACACCGAGUCCUGUGUUCCAGACAGGCCAGACCAACGGGUACUCCUCUAGCUUAGGGCUGAUGAACGGAGGCUCUCACUCUGAGGACCAGGACGGGUCUGCCCCCUCCCCUCCCCCUCACGGUGCCCCUCCAAUGGGACCAACACAAGGCCACAGCCCCCCCCUCAGCACCGGAGGGGUCCUCCAGUAUGCUGACGGCACCCCCAGAAUCCUCCCUGAGGAUGGGGCUGAGCGCCAGGGCGAGUCUGACUCGGAGCCCCAGGACAGCAAGUCCAGACGCCGCAUGUUCUUCUCUUCUUCCUCUUCGUCGUCUUCCUCCUCCUCUGGGGGCGCCGCGUCUCGCCUCCGCCUCGGCUCAGCCAGACAGAGCCAGCAUCACCUAGGUAGCCACAGUAACCAUAACAACCACCACCACUCGCCGGGCUCCCAGCACACAAACUCUCACGGCCAUGGGUCUCAGGAGGAACGCAAGCGUGGGAGGAGGAAGCGCAGCUCAACGGGGGCUCAACCUGUCAGUGGCUCCCCAAAGAGGAAGUCCUUUCCUGGGCUCAGCUCCACCAAUCACCCAUCAGGAUCCCCACUCAACAUCAACUCCAUGGUGAACAACAUUAACCAGCCUCUGGAGAUCGCUGCCAUCUCUUCCCCGGAGCAGUCUGGAUGUAGUCCCUGUGGUCCAGACAUGGACCAGCCCCCCGUAUUGAAGCGAGAACGCCCUCUGGAGAUAAAUGGCUCAGGACGCUACUCCUCCGCACCCAGCUCUGAUGACGACUCUGGCUACCCCGCUGACAGCUCCAGCUCAAGAAUUGAAAGGAAGAUUGCCACUAUUUCCUUGGAGAGCCGAGAUGGACCAGGCAGAUCAGGGGACAGGGAGCGCGGAAGGAAGUCAGGAGGCAGCAGCAGUAACAGCACAGGAAGUGAGGUCUCCUCUUCAUCUUCCUCCUCAUCCAACAGCAAGUGGAAAUCCACCUUCUCCCCCAUCUCCGACCUCAAGCAGCCCCUGUCCGAGGUGAGGCAGGGGGGCUCCCCCUUUGGCACAGGGAGAGAGCCGCGGGGCAUGGGCACGGGUACGGACUCAGACUCUGAUCACAAACCGCAGCAGCAGAGGAGGGGGGGCGAGGGGGCCGGGGGUGAGCCCUCAGGGUUUCAGGACAUCCCCCUUAACCCCUUCCUUAGCCAGGAGUCUGGGGGCCGACCGGGGCCAGGGGCCCAGGGAGGAAGCAGCUCUGAGAGGCAGGCCAUGCCCAAACAGAAGCCCCGGGGUGAGUGGGAACUGAAGACAUCCAGCAGCAUGGGCAACAGCCAGAACCUCUUCAUCUCUGCAGCCGUCAGCGGGGGUAUCCUGAGCGGCAAGGUGGGGGGCAGCCCUGUAUCUUCAGCCUCGGGGGCCUCUGUGGGACAGUACCUGGGGGCCCAGUUCCCCCUUGGGGGUGCCUCUGUCCUCCAGUCCCUGUUCGGAGCCCAGACGCCCGGAACCUCGGUGAGCGGGGCCCCGCGCCUGGUCAACGGACACUCUUCCCUGGGGAGCUUCUCCAGCGCUGGGCUGGCAGGUAACUGAAGAAUAUCUACCUCAACCCAACGUAACCUAUGCAAUAGGGCAGGUGUGGACCAAUGUACUUUACUAUCUCACUGGUGCUCCUAAGCCUGCUAAACCGCCACUGUACUGGGACUCACACACACACACACACACACACACACACACACACACACACACACACACACACACACACACACACACACACAGAGCCGAGCACACAUACACACACUGCUUCGGCAACUCACGCUGACACACACUCGCAGCAUGGCGUCCUGAGCAGAGUUGAGCGGUCACGGGGUGUUUGUGUUGUGGGUUGAGGCUGAUAGUAAUCACUGGGUUGUGUACAUCCCAUCCUUAAUGAAUUGGUAUGCUGCCUACUCUUAACAUUAUAGUGACACAUGAAACGCACUGUUUCCAUGGCAGUAACUUGUAAAGGUACAUCACUGUCACCAUGUAACGCGGUGCUAAUAAGACUUACUAAAUAUACAUAGUUAUUUGUUAAAGACUCAGUUCACACAUUUGACUACAGAAGAAGUCAGUCAGCAGUGUAGUUUUACAUAUCACUGAUGCCGUUAUAUUAGUAAAGGCAGACAGUGUGUACAGUGGGAGAUUCGUGUGGGUCUGUCAUCCUAGUAGACCGCACUCUCCUCUUUGUUCUGUGAUUAUCUGACCACCGGGUGCUAUGUUAGACCUCACCCUCCACGCUAGACCAGUCUAACCCAGCUCUGAUCAGGACUAGGGACCAUGCAGCUGUGCCUCACUGCAUCUCUAGCACCCUGCUACCUAACCUUGAACCCUGAUCAUUUGUUCAGUGAAUGAAAUAUGAUUUGAACACAACAGCUUUUUAGCUGUUGGUUCAAAUGCACUGGGUAGCAUAUCUGUGUACCCUGUGACAAUGUCCCUGGUGCAGGGACAGCACUAUAGUCAGCUGUCAGCCCAGAAUAAAAAGUUGUUAGUUAUAUUGGUGUGAUUAUGGUCCGUGUCAAGUCAAAGGAUCAUUUAUGUGAAAAACGUUCGUGUCUGGAAAUGAAAUAGUAGGCCCCGAGCUUCUCAUUCACUUAAGUGCUGCCGGCUGAGCUGUGCGUCAACACAUGUAUGAUGUGAACAGCAGAAGGACUGGAGGAUAUAAAGCGGUUCUAAUCACUACUUACAGAGCCAGCUGGAGUGCUAGGGCGUAGGGAUCCGCAACGCAAUGUGCAUUCUUCACAAGUAGGAUACUCAACUACUCUUAAUCUAAGCUUCUUAUGUUUUUAUAUCCCUGCCGAAACACUGAUAUGAUGAAAAUGCAGGUGUAAUUUUGGGACUCAAAUGUUGUCUGUGUUGUAUUCAGGCAAGUCUCUGGAAUCCAAUCUCACUGAGUUCACAGGGUUGGGUAGAAAUGCUGUCUGUACGUGUCACCUUUUGUCCACUAACACUGUAGUGGCGCUUUCUGCAGCCACUUCAACCUGCACACACUGAUAUACAAACAUCGCUCACACACUGGGAAAUGCAUGAAUAACAAAAACUACUGGGCCAUUUUCACAGCUUUUGAUUGGAUUUUCAUUUUUGUAAACGAUAUUGUACUGUGAAUAAGAGACAUUCUCUGACUGUAUAAUUGUGUAUAAUUUAGAUUAUUAUAUUUAUGCUGUCAAGUUUCUCUAUUUUGUAAAGUUUUGUUUUUGUUCUCCUGAAACAUGUGUAACAGUGUAGAAUGCAAUAGGUUUAAGUGUGUACUUGACUCACAGUCUGAAAACAAUGGUGCUACAAUCUGUAUAACCCUGGACUGUGCCUAAUAUUAUUUAUACAAUAUUAAGAACAUCAAUAACUGUCAAUACUUGGUGCUUGUUCACAGGGACAUUUUAAAUGCUAUUUUCUGGCAUUCUUUCUCGUAUUUAAAAUGUAAUUAUCCAAUUGAAUUGUUUUAAGCCUAGUGUACAACUGUAGACACUGCACGAUUUGAUAAAGCUAUCUUCAACCUACGGCUGACUCAGAGUUAUGGAAACAGGUAACGCUCCCAUUAGAUGUGAUUUUUCACAGUAUUUUUGGCAUACUGCAAAACACCCUUCUGCUUUCAGAAACGUGCAAAUUGUUCAGGACUAUUUGUAAAUGCAUGUGACGCUGUGUUUUGUACAGAUACGUUUGUGUUAAGAAUGGUGUGUAGGUGAAUAAGAAAUGCCUACAUUGAUUUGGGGUAUUAUAUUUGUAAAAAAUGUUCUUUUGGUGCUGACGUGUGACCCACAUCUACAGCCUGUCAAACAGGUUGGGCUUGGACCCAAGGGAAACAGCAGUGCAGAGUUGUUAAACCAGGGCCUUAAUAGAGUGAGUGAAACACCAUGACUGUUCAGUGUCAAUGAGGGCAUGCCAGUCACGUGGCACCGUCACAUGGCACCAUCUCCUCUGAUAUACACAGAGAAACUCUAUGCUUGUACUAUUAUGUGGUUAACACAUAGAGGGAGAGAUUUGUGCUGCAACUAGACUGUCUUGAUUUGUUCUGGAUUGUAAUCCGAUUUACUUCAUGCUUUUUAAAGAGAAACUUCUACUCUGUGAAACAACAUGCCUUUCAGUAAUUGUAAAAAAUAAUAUUUUAAAGUAGAAAAGACAAGGUGCUGUUUCAACCGUACAUACUGAUUUCAGAUAACGUUCUGGGUGCAUCCAAAAGCCAAAUCUCAUCUUUCACUUCUGCCUGUCCUGGGAUAUGUCUUAAAGCCGCCUCCUUCCCAUAGUAUGAGCAUAAUGCAUCUGUUGUAAUUACAAGUUAAUUGUUCCAAUAUAACUGGUAGUAGAAUAACUAGUAUGUGUUAUGUGGGUUUGCAACAACCAGGCUCCAUUUUGAUCUGAUUGUCAUUUGUCAGUCCUUACUAAUUGAGGACGUGAAGCAGGAUAUUAAUUUAUCAUCGUUGUUUUGUUUGUUUCAUCUGUGUCCUUGAGGAGUAAUAAGACAUCACAGCUUUAUAGUCACAAUGUUGUCCAGUAGACAACAGUGCUUUGCAAUCAGGAAUGAGGACAAUGAUUUGCUCAUGUCGGUCAUGACCAGAGAAGCUAGUCCCCUGUUAUCAGCACUGACAGGUCUUUUGUAAUUACUGUUAUUGUUGAUGUUUUCAUUGUUUUUUUUAUUUUUAUUGUUUGAUAUAAUUGCAGUUAGUAUCAAUGAUGCUUUUAUUAUGACAUAAGAUUCAGAUCAAAUUGGAAUACUCUUAGACAGACAGUACGGUGCUCUCCUACACUUAAAUCAAGGAAAAUGCAGCUAUUGGUUAAUACACUUCCUCUCCUGUUGUGCUAGCGGAGGGAAAAGGUUUAAUAAACUUCAACACAAGCUCGCUUGUUGACUUAUUAUUCAUGUCCCAUCUGAAAAUAUACUUCCUAGUUGGCUGGAGUGGCAAUGUGUGGGAGAGUGAAUAUUGUUACUUCAGGUUUGAACAGUUCAACGGACCCCAUUUUAAAUAUGUACCCUGAAGAAGUACACAUGAUCUCUGGCAAAUUUGGAUACAUAUUUAAUACUGUAGUGCAGUAUACUGCUCUAUUAACUUUACAGUUAAGACUGUUUCACAUAACAAGACUGAAUCCUGCCAAAGGUCUCACUCAGGAACUUAGCAGAUAUCCUGAAAUGAUAUAACACUACUCUAUACGUCACACUUAUCUAUAAACUGUGACUUCAUUAUUUCUUUCCCUAACUCAGGACCAGGGACCUCUUAUAUUUUGAUGUAACUUAAAUUCAUAUUGGUGCUUGGAGUUGACAAACUUCCUCGAAAAUGUACGUUUGUCUCCUCAAUUUCUCAGUCGCACACAUCCAGCCACUCCAGCAAAAGAUUGCAGCUUUGUGUUCGACUGGUCUGACAAUGUCGUGGAAAAUCCUCUUCUUACACUCACAAAUGCCUCGUCUCACUUCCUCUCUCUGAAAAGGAAUUGUCCUUUUUUGUGAUCCCUACAUAGGGAGAACGCUGUGUAUUUGGACUGAAUUUUAACUCCGUAUGUGGAUCAGUAAAACUAAGGGCAGGUUUGAGGUGCAAUAACAGCAAACCUACUUUCCAAAACGCCUUGGGCUGUCAUGGGAACUCUUGGUGUUGGUGCUAUUAUCUUAGAUGUUUAAUGACAAAUUGAAAUUUGUUUUAGUUUUUUUGCCUUUUUAUGAUAAUUAUUAAUAAAAUGGUUUCUUAUAAAAUA